AUGGAGCCCAAGGUGUUCUGCGUCCUGGUCAUGGUCUUUGCACUGGCCCUCAGCAGCGUGGCGUGGGGCGAGACAGAGACGUGUCAGGUGGAACCCCAUGAAAGAAAAAAUUGUGGUCACCCCGGUAUCACGCCUACGGAGUGCAAAAAUAAAGGCUGCUGCUUUGAUAGAAAGGUCCCUGAAGUCCCAUGGUGCUUCCACCCUGUGGCCGUUGAAGGAGGCAAUAGGAAGGGAACCAAUCGGACCUGCCUGGACCUGAGCAGACGCCCCAUCCAAGCAGGCAGUGCUGGGCUGAAAGCGCCCCCCACGCCCGGGGAAGUCAGCCCUGCUCCAGGGAGCUCAGCUCAGCCAGCCGUGCCCCCGGACGCCUCCUCCCAGGUGGGACCCCUGAGUGUCCAGUGCCGCACGCGCACGUGGCCCGCCUUCCACGUCGGCAUCCUGGCACGCCCUGGCUCCCUGCCUGGGGCAGGGGGAGGCCUGGCUGAGCUCAGGGAGCCCGACGCCCUGCUCUGUCACCGCUUGGCCCCCAGCCAAGCUAUCUCAGCUCCUUUUCCUGACAAAGGCUCCAAAGCCUUGGUGCCACGGGGUGAGAGGAGGUUAUCUUGCUUGCUGAGCAAACAGAGAGACGCUUAUAAAACACCCCUGGCAGCGGGGAGGGUGCACUCUUCUGGCAGCCCUGGGGAUGCAGCUGAGCGUGGCCAUGGGACCCCGCGGCGCCCGACUCCUGGCGGCGCUUCUCCUGCUGGCGCUGUGUGCCUGGCGGAGGCCGAGAAACCCGAGCCCUGCCAGUGCUCGCGCUUGAGCCUUAAGAACAGGGUGAACUGCGGCUACCCGGGCAUCACCAGCAACGACUGCUUCAACUCCAGCUGCUGCUUCGACUCCAGCAUCCCCAGGGUCCCCUGGUGCUUCAAGCCCCUCCCCAAGCAAGAGUCAGAGGCGUGCGUCAUGGAGGUCUCAGACCGCAAGGACUGCGGCUACCCCGGCAUCAGCUCCGAGGAGUGCGCCUCUAGAAGCUGCUGUUUCUCUGACACCAUCCCCCAAGUGCCCUGGUGCUUUUACCCGAUCCCUGUGGAAGGGGCCAGCGUCCCUGUUGGCAUCCCUCUUACUCCCUUCUACCUAAAGAAAGAGUGGGAGAGGCCACAGCCCAAUCUGACCUGCAUGGUGACCCCCAUGGUGACCUCCACAGGGCACCAUGGAAUCAGGGGUGCAGGUCCUUCUGUGGCCCUAGAGAAUGCCAUGGUCCCAGAGGGCAGCUGUCCCCACCGCAGGCCGCCCCAGCUGCCGGGCCUCCUGGGAACACCCUGGGAGGCGGCCCGGCCAGCAGCAUUCCCGUGA